GAACUGAAUUGAGAGUUUUGCAAUAUGAACAUAUUCAUAUAUGUAUAUAAAUAAGAGCCUGAUAACUGAAGUAACCUGAUCUGACAGAUAGUUAACAGUUUUUCUGUCACGUUGAACAACAUCACAACACAAACGAUUCUUACGCUAAGGCAAGACUGCAGUAAGAGAAGAUGGCAAUGACGGUGUUUGUCACGGCUCUGCUCUCUGUUUUCAUGGGGUUUACUGUGUCUGUUUCUUAUGCAUUCAACCCAUUCGACUGUUCUGACGUCUAUAAAUCAGGAGAAACAGUCAGUGGGAUUUACACCAUCUAUCCAGCAGGUGAUCUUCCUGUCUGGGUUUACUGUCAUAUGAUCUCAGAUGGGAAAAAUGCAGUCAACGGAGGAUGGACAGUGAUUCAGAGGAGAAUGGACGGCAGUGUGAAUUUCUAUCGGCCGUGGAAUCAGUACAAGAGAGGAUUUGGGAAUGUGGAGGGUGAAUACUGGCUGGGGCUGGAGAACAUGUACCAGCUGACACGCAACAGGAAGUACAUGCUGAGAGUGGAUCUGGAGGACUUUGAUGGAAGGAAAGGUUUCGCUCUGUACUCGUCCUUCUCUGUGGGUCCUGAAGCUGACGGGUACAAACUACAAGUUUCAGGAUUCACUGAUGGAGGAGCUGGCGACUCUUUGUAUUACCAUAAUGGACAGAAUUUCAGCACCUUUGACAAGGACCAGGACCUCUAUAGUACUAACUGUGCCAAACAGUAUCUCGGGGCAUUUUGGUACAAUGCCUGUCACACUACCAACCCCAACGGUGUGUAUUUGUGGGGAGAAGAUGGCACCAUUCAUGCCAUUGGAGAUGUUUGGUCCAGCUGGAAGAACAAUUUUGCUGUCGCUAUGAAAUCCAUCAGUAUGAAGAUCAAACCUGUGCCCUAGAAACAGUUUUUCAGGAGCAAACAUCUGAUGUUGUUUUCACUAUAUUACAAAUGUGAAGGUUUAAGUUUUUAUUUUCCUCAGUGUAAGCGAAUCAACCAUUAUCUGCUUUUGGUCUUUUGAUUUACUGUUAUAUAAAUGAACUUCCAAUAAACUCCUGCAUUGAAAGCA